AGAGGUAAAACCAAGAGCUCCUCAAACCUUCCAUUCGUUUUUGCCAUUGCGGUGUCUCUAGGCAUGAUCCACACCACCAUCGCCCAAAACUCCCCCGAAGACUUCGCGAGCCCCCAUAACUACGCUCGGGCCGCCGUCGGUGUUGGCCCGGUGUCGUGGAACGACUCUGUGGCAGCCUAUGCCCAGGACUAUGCCAACCAGCGUAGUGGCGACUGCCAGCUCGUCCACUCCGAUGGAUCCUACGGUGAGAACCUCUUCGGUGGCAGCGGGGCGGACUACAUGGCGGCGGACGCUGUGAACUCGUGGGUGUCAGAGAAGCAGUACCAUGACUACAACAGCAAUACGUGCGCCGACGGGCAGGUGUGCGGGCACUACACACAGGUGGUGUGGCGAGACUCGACCAACAUCGGUUGCGCGAGGGUGGUGUGCGACAACGGCGGCAUCUUCAUCACCUGCAACUAUUACCCACCGGGCAAUUUUGUGGGGCAGCGUCAGUAUUGAAGAGUGGUGUCACUCUUAAGUGAGUACGUAGUUUCGU